ACAGUUGCGGAUGGGGACUGAGAAGAGGAAGUGAAGUAGGGAAGUGAUUCUUCUCUUCUUCUGGUGGAACAAAAUGGCGCGGGCUCUGGUCCAUUUUCGUAGCUGCUGUGACCGAGCCUUCAAGCUCAGAGCAUCUGCGGGGGACGCCGAGCAGAAGGCCUGGCCCGUCGGUCUUCCUGACAAGGCUCGUGGUGCCCGGGUUCUGGUCCUGGGCGGCACAGGUCGGGUUGGGGGCUCCACUGCCACUGCCCUCUCCAAGCUCUGCCCCGAGCUACGGAUUUUUGUCGGUGGUCGGAACAGGGACAAAGGGGCUGCUAUGGUGGCUACACUGGGGAAGAAUUCCGAGUUUGCGCAAGUUGACAUCAAUGAUGCGGAUUCCUUGGAAGCAGUCCUCAAGGAUGUUGAUCUCGUAGUUCAUGCUGCCGGACCUUUCCAGCAGAGUAGCAGCUGCCCAGUUCUUGAGGCUGCCAUAGCGACCAAGACGGCAUAUAUUGAUGUCUGUGAUGACACUAACCACGCAUUUCGGGCAAAGUCCUUUAGCAACAAAGCAAAAGCAGCAAAUAUUCCGGCCAUAACAACUGCCGGAAUUUACCCGGGAGUGAGCAAUGUUAUGGCUGCUGAGCUUGUUCGCACCGCAAAAACUGAGAGCAAGGGUGAGAUGGAGAGGCUAAGAUUCUAUUACUAUACUGCAGGAACUGGUGGCGCCGGUCCUACAAUUUUGGCUACGAGCUUUUUACUUCUUGGAGAAGAGGUUAUUGCAUAUAAUAAAGGUGAAAGGAUUAAGUUAAAGCCAUACAGUGGAGCCCUGAACAUCGACUUUGGGAAGGGGGUCGGGAAGAGAGAUGUUUAUCUCCUGAAUUUGCCCGAAGUAAGGACUGCACACGAAGUCCAUGGAAUACCUACUGUCAGUGCGCGGUUUGGAACUGCACCCUUUUUCUGGAACUGGGGAAUGGAAGCAAUGGUCAAUCUCCUUCCUCCGGAAUAUUUAAGAGAUCGAAGCAAGGUCCAGCAGUUGGUUCAACUAUUUGACCCCGUGGUUCGAGCAAUUGACGGGUUUGCUGGAGAGCGUGUGUCAAUGAGGGUUGACUUGGAGUGCUCUGAUGGGCGCAAUACGAUUGGUAUAUUUACCCACAGAAGGCUGUCAGUGUCAGUGGGAUUUGCAAUUGCUGCAUUCGCUCUUGCAGUUCUUGAGGGCAGCACACAGCCUGGGGUGUGGUUUCCGGAAGAGCCUGAAGGAAUUGCAAUAGAUGCGAGGGAAGUUCUUCUCCACCGUGCUGCUGAAGGAACUAUUAAUUUUGUGAUGAACAAACCGCCGUGGAUGGUGGAGACAGAACCGAAGGAGUUGGGAUUAGGAAUAUAUGUAUGAGAACAACUCGAAGAAUGUCCAGUCCAAGUUACAACUUCAAUCACACCACCACACUGCUAUAGGAAAAAAGAAAGUGGUUGAGCUCUUGAUUCACCGGCAUUUACUUUCGGGUUGCGUUAUAGGAAUGAUUCUUUCCUGGGAGACGAGCAACUCAGCAUGGCGGCGAACCCGACAAAUUGUCUUGAAAGGCUAUGAUUUGCUUGUUCUUGGAUUUAUACACUAAAGACAAUCUCGUGACGAAACGGAUAGAAUCCCGGUUGUCCUGUGUUUGUUUUUCUAUACUGAGGCAUGACUGUUCUUAUCAGCAUCGUUCAUUCAUGCGCAGUUCAACAGUCACUAUGAGCAGUAUGAGUUCUUAUUCAA